UAGUGCGACGCCCGGAAGUGACUGCGGGCCAAUCGGCGCUUGCAGGGACUGGGGGAGUUUAGUGUCGUCUCUGGUAAUAGCUGCUUUAGGCGCUAAAGAUGCCAGGUCUGGCAGCCGCAAGUCCUGUGCCAUCCGAGUCUCAGGAGAAGAAGCCGCUGAAACCCUGCUGUGCCUGCCCGGAGACCAAGAAAGCGCGCGAUGCGUGCAUCAUCGAGAAAGGAGAAGAGCACUGUGGACACCUAAUUGAGGCCCACAAGGAGUGUAUGAGAGCCCUGGGAUUUAAGAUAUGAAAUGUGGUCUGCUCUGUGAAUGAAUAAUUCCUGAAGAAUGAAGACUACUAAAUAAUCUGGGGAAUUAUUUGAUGAACACAUGUCUUGAUAAAUGAUAAAAAAUAUUUAUAGUUUAUUAAAUACAUAUAUAUUUAUCCCUGGUCAA